CCCGGUUCUAAAGUCCCCAGUCACGCACCUGGACUCAGAUUCUCCCCAGAUGCCAAGGAUGGCGGUCAUGGCGCCCCGAACUCUCCUCCUGCUGUUCUCGGGGGCUCUGGCCCUGACCCAGACCCGGGCGCGCUCCCACUCCAUGAGGUAUUUCACCACCUCUGUGUCCCGGCCUGGCCGCGGGGAGCCCCGCUUCAUCGCCGUGGGCUACGUGGACGACACGCAGGUCGGGCGGUUCGACGGCGACGCAGCGAUUCCGAGAGCUGAGCCGCGGACGCCGUGGGCGGAGAAGAUGGGGCCGGAGUAUUGGGACUGGGAGACACAGAGAGCCAAGGCCCUCGCACAGAUGGACCGAGUGAACCUGAGGACCCUGCUCGGCUACUACAACCAGAGCGAGGCCGGGUCUCACACCCUCCAGAUGAUGUACGGCUGCGACGUGGGGCCCGAGGGGCUCUUCCUCCGCGGGUACCUGCAGUUCGCCUACGAUGGCAAGGAUUACAUCGCCCUGAACGAGGACCUGCGCUCCUGGACCGCCGCGGACAUUGCGGCUCAGAUCACCAAGCGCAAGUGGGAGGCGGCCAAUGUGGCGGAGCAACUGAGAGCCUCCCUGGAGGGCGCGUGCGUGGAGUGGCUCCUCAGAUACCUGGAGAACGGGAAGGAGACGCUGCAGCGCGCGGAUCCCCCAAAGACACACGUGACCCACCACCCUGUCUCUGACCAUGAGGCCACCCUGAGGUGCUGGGCCCUGGGCUUCUACCCUGCGGAGAUCACACUGACCUGGCAGCGGGAUGGAGAGGACCAAACUCAGGACACGGAGCUUGUGGAGACCAGGCCAGCAGGGGAUGGAACCUUCCAGAAGUGGGCGGCUGUGGUGGUGCCUUCUGGAGAAGAGCAGAGAUACACAUGCCAUGUGCAGCACGAGGGGCUGCCCGAGCCCGUCACCCUGAGAUGGGAGCCGUCUUCCCAGCUUGCCAUCCCUAUCGUGGGCAUCAUUGCUGCCCUGGCUGUCCUAGGAGCUGUGGUCAUUGGAGCUGUGGUCAUUGCUGUGAUGUGGAGGAGGAAGAGCUUAGGUAGGGAAGGGGUGAGGGGUGGGGUCUGGGUUUUUUGUCCCACUGGAGGUUUCAAGCCCCAGGUAGAAGUGUGUCCUGCCUCAUUGCUGGGAAUCACUAUCCACACAUGGACCAUGUGCACACAGCCUGGGGCCCUGUGUGCCAGCACUUACUCUUUUGUGAAGCAGGUAUGACAAUGAAGGACAGUU